AAUAUCUACGAAGAAAGAAAGAAGACGACGAAGGAAGACGUUUUAUUUGAAUGGAAGCACCUACCUGUUUCUUCGAGUAAAACAAUCUUGCUGCUCCUCCGCAAACGGGACAACAGGCACCAGGAGGAGUGACCCCGAUGCAGUAUGGUUCUACCAAGGAAGGACAUUGUAUAGCAUCACCGCAACGAGGUUUUGCUUGAUCUCCUAUGAGACCGACGGCAACGCAGGGACCUUCGUAAUCUACGAGAAUUCUCUCGGCCCAAGCCGCACAUUCAUUGACGUAAACCUCGCCGUUGAUGCCGCACACCGGACCUCUUAGACUACAACCCUUCAAACAAGGUCCUCUGUAGCUCAAAGUGGCUCCAGCUCGAAUCAUGGCACAGACAGAAGGAUACUGUCGAUUCUCGCGAUCACAGACCGGUCCGCUGGACUCGUCACGCGGAUUACAAUCUAUCGGCAUGCAUUCGUAUUGCCUACAUAUUUUGUGCAAGCGCGACAAGCAGACUUUAGGUUUGCGAAUGCAUUUCUCCGUGCUUUUGCAAGGAUUAGGCGUGCAAGGAUCCCUACUGGAACAGCUGCCAAACUCCACCUCGGUAGCUGAUAGUUCGGCACACUUCGCCAGACAGGCGGAUGCGAAGGUAAAGCCCAAUCUACCGCAAACUGGGACAUAAUGAGCCGGACAGUCGCAGGGCAAGGAUGGCGCACGCAAUUCGCCGCAGCUCUUCUUGGAACACGUAAACUCGCCCUCGAAGCAGUGACAAGGAUUACACUCGAGAUAAAAAUUAGUCUUGUGCUGAAUAAACCGAUCGUGCACCCAGCAGGACUUGAAAUUAAAGCAGUUAGGCGUGCGACACUUCUCCAGACCGCGCGCCGUACAUUGGCAGAUAUUCAAGCAGCCCUGCUGAUCAGUUCGAGGAAUUUGGAUCCAGGAUCCGACUGGCACUAAUUGCUUCGACAUUUCGCCAAGGGAGCAAGCCGGCACGCAGAUUGUGGAGCCAUCCGUUAGAAGAACGCAGAGUUGACCCUGUGGGCAAUGAUUCCGCUUGCACGGCGUCGUAAUGUCCUCCUCAGGAUGAAUCACCGUUUCAUCGUCCUGCGGAUCGUCCAGAUAUGGUUUCAACGAAACGCACGGCGCGUCCGGUCUACCCGCGAUAGUUUAGCACACAAGGUAGCAGCCGUGUGUGGUCCCGUGAUUGCAGCCCAAUCUACACAGCUCGCCAUUAACUCCAAGCAAUCCUCGCGGCAGAGUCGCGUUUCGUGGAUUCUAGUCUCACAAGGUCGCAACUGCAGAAGACAAGCCGCCGUGCGUAAAGUCUCCGCUGGACAAGAAGCCGCCACGCGCACAGCCUUAAUCGCGUCAUCUAUACCUGAAGAGAGUAGUAGGUCUAUCAUUGAAUCGCGCGCAGUAAGACAAUCCGGAACAACCCAUCUCGCAAGAAUCGUCCGCAUCCUCGAGGCAUCUCCUCAAGUCACCCUCUAAACUGGACGAGAGGCACAACGCAUCCAACUGAACCCAGGCGGAUUCCCAAUCAGCCUGAAAGGCCCGCCAGCAUAAAUUUUGGCAGAAUUGAGUGGCUUCCGAAAUUCGAAAUGCGGAAUGGUGCAUUAACGGUCAUUAAAAAUCAAGGACAUGAAUGCAACGCGCGGGCCCCGCGAUUUCCUGCUGCCUGUUACUGAAUGACAAUCGUCUCCAGAGCCAGAUAUCGUGUGUAAUCCUCAUUCCGGAUUCAAUCGGUGCCUUCCGCGAGGACAUGCCGGAUCCACUCGGUAUGAUCAUCACGGCUAAGAGUUACGACCAUCCAUCAACAUGCGGUGGGUCCUGACAGGGCCUGAUGAUACGCCCAUAGUCAAAGGUCACGUUUACGAAUUAUGGCCGGAGGAAGAAAGUGCUCAUCAGUAGUCAAGCAAGACGAUCCGGAGAGACGACUUUCUCAAAGUUUUUCUGCACCUCGCGUUGUCGUGUCUCACAUCUCAAAUAAGCAACGGUGUUAUGAUCGCGUAAAACUAACAUCAAAGUCAUACAUUACAACUUUCCCGCGAGUCUUGGCAAUAAAAUAUGGACAACAUAUUCUCAUACGUUAUUUCGCAAUCAGAAAAUAACAAAAGAGCACCCAAUACACAUCCUUCCUCCUCGAAUAAACUGCACAGAGACACGAUAUCAUUGAUAACACGCGGUCCAUGUUCAACGCGUCAAUUCGUAAUAUUUGCGUAUGAAUGAACCCGCGGGGCGCCCCGAAGGGGUCGGCGUAAAUCUCGCAGCGGGCCCCCGAUGUCUCCGAUAUUAUCUUCGAAGACGAGGCUCACCUCUCUAAAGAAGCUGCAGGGAGACGCACCCCACAUCGAGAAACCCCUCAUCGAAGGAAGCGACCUGAGAGGGUCUUCUCAAGAUUAAAGAAAAAACUCAAGAGUGCAGUAUGUUGUGCUUAUUUAAAAUGCAUACCUUAGAGCACACAUUCCGACAAGAUCCAGCAGCAAGCGAACAGCAUGGUAUUUCUACAACAGAAACAGAAGAUGGAUAUUAGUUUUGUAUGUCGAAACAGAACAUAUGGAAACUAUAGUCCAGUGUUAAACGGACACAUUGCCCAAGAUUUUCUCUCUUCGGCUGUCGUCCGACACAAAACAGACGCAUGUCCUGCGUUACGUCAGAAUAAGAGGGAUAGAGAAGAAGAAAAAGAAUCUUUUUUCAAGGGUCUACAUACUGGGGAGAAUCGUGUGCGCUCUACAUUCAAAUCUAUCGAAGAAAAGGAGGAGCAGAGAAGAAAAUUGAACCCGUUUUUAAGACGACUACUGGACUACCUGGGAAAGGAUCGCGAGAUUGAAAAAGAAUCGCAACAUUUAAGAGAUGGGAGGAGCGAAAACGGAAAAAGAGAGGGAAAGAGGAAUAAACAGUUCGUUGAACGUAUUCAGCGGCGAUCGUCGACCGCAUGUCAAUGAGGGCAAGCUGAAAAGUCAGCAAAUCGAACAUCGUCGUGCAACCAUCGUGAAAAAUCGCAUUUACCGUGCAAAUUUGUCGCGAACGGAAUCCCGAGCGCUCGCAUCUGCAUUCGCGAUACGUCGGUCGGUCGGUCGGUCGUUUGUACGAUGCCGCGACACGUUCGCGAUCGCUCGAAUAAUAAUAAAAGGUCGCAAUCCGUGAUGUCAAUCGCAUUGUCCGUACAACGGCACCAACCUGCGUGAUUCGCGUUGCAUUCUGCAAUUUGCAAUAAUGCGCACCGCGGCAUUUUCCUUUACGCGCCGAUCUGUCAUUACAGAAAGCUCGGGGACAAUGCGACCGAGCAGAUUAGAGGAAUUGGAAUGUGCGAUAAUGAACAAUGCUGUUCUCGGUAUCGCAGAUUAGCGCGCAAUAUAUACAUUUUUCAGUAUCGUUUUAUUAAUAAUACAUAAAAAAUUGACACUAUGCGUACUGCACUUUGACAAUGUAUCUUAUAUACAUACCGUCAUAAUUAUAACGUUAUGCGAUCGAUAGUUUCGCCGAUACCGCGUGUUGGGAUUCUCACAGAACAGAACAGAGUCACCCUCGCGAGAGACCACAUCGGCGUUACCGACAGCGUGUUUUAAAAGGGUGCCGAGCGGCGCUGAUGGUAGCGUCGUCGGGGGUGGUUGCGACGAUGGUGGCGGGCACUCUCUGCGCGCCAGGCAGAGGUGGUGAGCCGUAAAAUCGUCCGGACGGAGGAGCGACUGCGGCGGUUGUGCCAUAUGGAGCCGAACGACCGGGCGACGUGUUAGGCAAUCGGCGGUCCCGCGAUUCCGCGGGACGAGCGCGAGGGCCUACCACGAGGAGAGCGCGAAUGUUCAUCGAUCCGACGAGUUGGGUGAGCAGGAGAGAGUGAGCCGCGCCGUCGAAGAAAGAAAGGAAGGAAGGAAGGAAGGAAGUCAGCCAGCGAGCCAGCCAGGCCAGGCGAACGAUCGGCUUCCGAGUGCACGCGUACUCGUCGGCACGAGGGAUCCAGAAAUGGGUCAACCCGACCCAGCGGCGGCCGUUUUCUCGCCACUCGGUGGCCUAGUUUCAUCGGGGGCGAGCAAAUAAAAAGAAUCGCGACGCCCCCUGCCCACCUCCUGCCCACGUCGUCGCGACGUUACAUGCGUUUCGUCGUCAUCAUCGUCGUCGACAACGCAGCUGAUCGCGGAACCGUCUGCUCUCCGUCGCGGGAAAGAAUUAUGGAUUCUCUCGGACUUCCUGCUGGCCUUCGACUGGCGUGUGUCCAUCGAUUAAUUCGCCGCCCCGACGUCGCGAUACGGCAUUAGACACGGCUGAUAGCCGGAGUCGCUGCGGGGGUGAAAUCGCCGAGGAGAUUUGGAAGACCAUUAUCCCUCGGACACGCUGAAAAAUGGCAUCCAACAAACCACCUGAGAUGAACUACACGUGCGAGAUAUGCGGUCUGGAAGGCUUCAACGAUGAGGAGAUGCGUUCGCAUAUGGUGCAGUAUCAUCUCCAGGGCGCUGCCAACUGCCCGUUCUGUGAUCUGGGUGAGAUCUCGCCUACGGAGAUGCUGGUCCACGUCAACAGCGCUCACCUGGACUACCUGACUCCGAGUACCCCGGAGAACGAUAUGAUGGCAUUCAUCGACGACGACUCGCUGAUGGACGAGCACAACAGGCGGGACGAAUGUCGAGCGUCCUCGCCGUCCAUGUCUCUGCGACCACCUCAUCUGCAGAAUGGCUGGGGCAGUUCUCUGGGGCAGCGUGUCAAGCAACAGCAGCAGCAAAUGCCGCCGAGAAAGCCGGACGUUCAAAUAACAAAUCCCAAUGUGAAUAAUAAUAACAACAAUAACAACAGUAACAAUGCCAAUGCCGUGCUGGAAGGUGCAGCUGGUCAAGGUUCACCGCUGCGUUCAGGCCUAAAUUUGCAACUGCGCUCGCACGCUUCCCCAAAACUUCCAGUGCAGGAGUGCCCAAUGUGCCCCUACAGUUCCGACAGUCCACUGAGACUAGAAGAGCAUAUCAAUCGCCAACACUUUGAUCUCACCUCGCCGUCCUUCCCACCAGAAUCUCCGCCGUCUCGUGAUGGAAUCUUCAACUGCCCGCUUUGUGUUACGUCUUUUCCGAAUUCUUCUGAUCUUGAGUUACACGUUAAUAUUGAGCACAAGGAUAUACUUAGUCCUGCAAAUGGAACAACCUCACAAUCCGAUACAGCUACCAUCAGUAGUGAUUCAACACCUGCCUGCCCUGUAUGUCUUAGUACAUUAUUUAAAAAUAAUGACGACCUAAUGGCACACAUCGAUGAACACUUUAGCAAGAAGAGCACACCAUCGCCUGUGACACCAGACGUGUCGACCGAUAGAAUGCUAGCGAAAGACAUGGAAAGAAGGGAGAAGGAGGUGAGAAAACUGCGCGAACAACGCGAGUUUGAGAUGCUGAGAGCACAAUAUGGCAUGGACAAUCAGGGUAACUUCAGAGAACAGAGCGUCACUAAUAUGCAGCGGGCUGUAUAUGCGGGCGAAAUGACGGUGGCCGAUUUUUUUGAGAGGCAAAUCGAGCUCAGGGCCGCCGAGAGUAGCGGCAUUGACGAUGGCAGUUCUUGUACACGCGGGCUGGUUCCGAAAGUACGAGCCAUUAGUCAAGCUUGCAGUAACGUAGUGAAUACCUGGAUGUGUUCCACUGUGGACCAUUACGCGUCGACUUACGGCGACAAAGGCUGGGGUUGCGGUUAUAGAAAUAUGCAGAUGCUAAUCUCAUCUCUCUUGCAGCACACAGGGUAUAACGAGCUAGUUUACAAAGCGUGGAGCUCUGGUGCCGGUGGCAAUAGCUCCACGGAAAAUCCCUUGCGCAGCUCCAUGCCGUCAAUUUCAAGAUUACAAAAGAUGAUUGAAUGGGCGUGGGCUCAGGGCUUCGAUAUACAGGGUGCGGAGCAACUUGGUGGUAAACUUGUUAAUACUAGAAAAUGGAUCGGUGCGACGGAAGUAUUCACGUUGCUGUCUAGUUUGAGGAUAAAGUGUCAACUGGUGGACUUUCAUAGACCUACUAGCUCUGACGGUAGUCAUCCUGAAUUGUUCAAUUGGGUCUUGCAGUACUUUCAACGAUGCGAGGACUUUAAGCCACCUCUUUAUCUUCAACAUCAAGGACAUAGCAGAACGAUAAUGGGUGUGGAACAAUUGAGGGACGGUUCAAUAACCAUGUUGGUACUGGAUCCGAGUCACAGUCCGCCGCAAAUGACACAUUUCAAUAGCACGAGUAGCGCACCCGGUGCGAUGAGACUAGUACGGAAGUCUACCGCGUCAAUGAAAGCUAGACAGUACCAAGUUGUGGCUGUAAUCGGUACUAUGGAUACGGAAGCGCAGUAUCAACAAAGUAAAGUAUUACGAUCAAUGCGUGUUCCUCAAGACAGGUGAGAGUUGCUGGUUCGAGAAGCAGUCGAACCUCGGGUGAAGACUAUAGACUACUGCCUCAAACCAAUCUUAUCCGAUAUCCUUGAAGUUACGUGACCGUGAUGUCCUAUGUUCUUCUAUCGCUAGCAGACUUAUUCCAUUGUAGUAGUUGCAGAUCGUAUUUAUUUAACAAUAUAUUCUUGCAUCUCUCUCUAAUCAUUAAUAAUGGACUAAUUCCUUGAAUCGUUGUGUCUGCGCAAAGUCUGCAGCACGGCGGACAGUUUCGCGGAGCCGACAUUUAAAUAUCAAAAAAGCUCUUUGCGAUGCGCCGCUGUUCUAGCAUGCAAUUUUUUCCCCCCCAAAAAAAAUACGGAGAAAGUCCUUAUCUUUAAUAAAUUUUGCCAUAUUAUGCGCGAUAAUGUGAUAAUCCAUGGAGUUAUCAUAAUCGCGACGGCGAAAGGUUUGAGAGGAAAGAUAAGUGCUAAAUCAAUCGUCAUUUCUUGUCCAAAAUGUUCUGCUCAAUUUUCGUCGCACCGAACAGGCUGUGCUAAUCUUUAGUCGACCAAUCGGUUGCACCAUCGAAAAAAUCGUGGCAGAGCUUGAAAAAAAACGAGAUUUUCGUAGCUGUGAUGCUGUUAUCAAUACGACGCUGAUCAUUCAUAGACAUCUAACGAGAGACACUCUUGAAAACGCUCCAGAAUCAAUGCGGUGUUCCCAGCACUUGUCUCGUUCUAUAUUCUACAAUUUGUAACAAAGAUUUCCAUCAAAGUGUUGUCGACUUUUAUAGUCAAUAGAAAAAGUGCCGAGAGCCGUAUGGUAUAUAUACUACCUUGCGACAAGUUUUAUAUAAUACAAUACGAAAGAUAUUCUUUGACGCAUUUUGAUUGCUAAAAACGCUUCUAUGAAAGAAUCUGGAGUGUCUGCAAAAGUGUGUGACUAAGUCGCAUUUCCAUAUAUAUUCUAUAUUAUAUACUAACAUACACACACAUCACACAAAUGCACACUCUUCGUUAUAUCGUAUUUCACCACUUUGCCCACACACACAUAAAGUACAACUACUUUCAUAUUAAUUAUAAAUAUUCUAUUUAAUUAUCCAAUCGAACUUUAGGCUACUUGUCUUAGCUCGUAAGUCCAAACGCAACGCUGUGAAUGAGAGGAUAGAUGAACAAAAAGUCCAUUUACUUGUUAUUUAUAUUAUACACUUUACGAUUUAUGUGACUUAGUGAAUUAUUAUCAUUAUAUUACUCUUAUCAUAUUUCAUAAAUUA